GGCUCCAGGACCCGCCGGGGCCUCGGACUCUCCCGGGGCCGCUCUCGGCUCCCGGGGGUGGGGUGGCGGGGCCGUCCCGGGCCCCAGCGCCGCGGCACAAACAGGCGCCGGACGCGGAGCCGCCAGGAAGCGCGGGAGGGGGGGCGGGACGAGGGGGGGGCCGGGCCGCCUGGUAACCCCUCCCUGUCCGGGCCUCGCCGGACAGCUAACCCGCUGACCCCCGGACCCCCUCCGGGCCUCCGCCCUCCAGGCCCUUCCGGGAUCCCCGCCCCUGACUCCCUGGGGUCCUCUCUGGUCUCAGAGUCCCAGCCCCUCGCCCCUAGGGGCAGAGCCGACCGGCCCCUCCCCACUUCCGCGAGGGGGCAGGGGCGGGGUCAUGAAAUGGGCCUUUAGCCCGGAGGCGGGGCUUUUCCUAAGGGGCAAGGCCUAGGCAUCUCGCACUGGGGCUGGCAGGGGCCAGGCAGCGGGUUAUUAAGGAUGGGGGUGGGAGGAUUCCCAGGGUAUUGGGGUCAGGGUGGCAUUAGCCCAGCUCAAGCCGGGCUGGGCUGACUCAGCACCCUGCGCCGGCCAACCCUCGUCCCUGAUAGCUCUGCUUUCCCUUGGGCAGAGAUGGGAGAUGGCGCCGGUGUUGCCCCUGGAACUGCCCCUCAAGCCCCGCAUCCGUCUGGCACAGGGGCUCUGGCUCCUCUCCUGGCUGCUGGCGCUGGCCGGUGGCGUCACCCUCCUCUGUAGCGGACAUCUCCAGGUCCAGCUGUGGCACCUCGGCACCUUCUUGGCUCCCUCCUGCCCAUUUUCCACCCUGCCCCGAGUGGCCCUGGCAGCUGGUGCGGUGGCUUUGGGCACAGGACUGGUGGGUGCAGGGACCAGCAGGGCCAGUCUGGACGCAGCUCAAUACCCUCCCUGGCGGAAGGUCCUAAGCCCACUGUUGGUGGCCAGCACUGCUGGGGGCGGGGGUCUUCUGGUCCUGGCCCUGGGGCUGGCCCUGGCUUUACCUGGGAGUCUGGACACCGGACUGGAGGAGGGCCUAGGGGCUGCCUUGGUUCACUACAAAGACACAGAGGUGCCGGGACACUGUCAUGCCAAGCGGCUGUUGGAUGAGCUGCAGCUGAGGCACCAGUGCUGUGGGCGCCACGGGUACAAGGAUUGGUUUGGGGUCCAGUGGGUGAGCAGCCGGUACUUGGAUCCCAAUGACCAGGACGUGGUGGACCGGAUCCAGAGCAACGUGGAGGGCCUGUAUCUGAUCGACGGUGUCCCUUUCUCCUGCUGCAACCCCCACUCACCCAGACCUUGCCUGCAAAGCCACCUCUCAGACCCCCAUGCCCACCCUCUCUUCAAUCCCCGUCAGCCCAACCUGAACCUCUGGCCGCAAGGAUGCCAUGGAGCGCUGCUGGGGCACCUGCAGGGGCUGGCGAGCACGCUGGGCAGCAUGCUGGCUGUCACCUUCCUGCUGCAGUCUCUGGUGCUCCUGGGCCUGCGGUACCUGCAGACAGCACUGGAGGGGCUCGGAGGAGUCAUCGAUGGGGAGGGAGAGACGCAGGGCUAUCUCUUUCCCAGCGGGCUGAAGGACAUGCUGAAAACAUGGCGACAGGGAGGGGACGCUCACAGGCCGUCACCUGAGGAGGCCCCACCGGAAGAGGCACCUCCUACGGAGGGUCCAUCUGAGGCCUAGUGGCCUGAAGCUUGGGGUGGGGACUGGGACGGGGGGAGGGGAGGCAUGGACAACACUGAAAACCUCCCAACUCCAUAAGAAGGCUCCAGGUGGGGGAGGGGGGUCCCUGGGAUUAGAGGGGUUAAGGAUAGUCACUCCGCUGGACUGGCAGGAAGCUAGGUGUCCGGGGCUUAGCCCCCUGGGCCGGAACCACCGGGGAACAGAGAAAAGACAGGGUGCUGGGAGAGCAACAUGGAAAGGGCUGGCGACUGCUCCUGGCACACAGACUCAAUAAAGCUUUUGCACUGAA